CGCCAAUCAGCCAUGAACACUGCCCACGUGGUGGCCCAAACAACUCAACCAAAUCCUUCCUUGCACUCCUCCUUUUCCUAAAUUCCAAAAAUCCAGACAAAUAUAGUGGGCAAGAAGAGAGUGAUUUUAUACACUUCAUAUAAUCCUCGUUUAUUUCGUGACUUUUAUUGGCUUCUAAAUAAAUAACUGGAACAUCUCUUUCCCUCUCCAAGAGAUUUUGUGGAUUAUAUCUAUUAGUAUACUGCUCCUCUCUUUGAGCAGAGCAAAAAGAAAUAUAUAACCAUCUUUCCCACUGUCUUGGAGCUUCGAUAUCUGCUUAGAGGUAAUACUCCCUCAAUCCAAAUUUAAGUUUCUUACUUUUUUUUUUGUCUGUUCAGAAAGAGUGUUUUUAUACUGUUUAGUAAGUCGAAAAUUUAAACAUACUUCGUGACAAGUUUAUUAUAAUUGCAAGAUUCAAAAGACAUUUUAGUAUAUUAACACAUGAUCACAAGAUCUCUCUUUAUUUCUUAAAUGUUGUGGCUGGUCAAACCAAGACACAUAAAUUGGCACGGAGGCGAUAUUAAAUUCCUUCUUUCCCUUUCUAGUCUUUCUUCAAGAAAACUCUGCUAUUCUUACUUUAAUCAUGUUUUAAUUGGACUUUUUAAAAUGAAAUUUCAUGUUGUAGCAUUAAACUUUGUUGGGUACUGAAGAAUUUGUGGACAUGCGUCCAGCUUCCUCCAGCCCUGCCAAUAGGUCUUUUUAUUUUGGUGAUGACAUUGUAUGAAGAAUUUACUAAACAAAAUGGAGGUGGAAUUGGUGCAUUAGCCAAUGAAUCUGAUUUUCUAAUUAAUAUCACAUAUAGGGUGUGUUUGGUAUGAAGAAAAAUGUUUUCCUAGAAAGUAUUUCCAACAAGUGAAUUUCUUACUUAUUUUCUAGUGUUUGGUGAGUACGACAACAACAAACCCAGUGUAAUCCCACAUGUGGGGUAUGAGGAGGAUAGAGUGUGUGUAGACCUUACCCCUACCUUUUGAAGGAAGGGAGACUGUUUCCGGUAGACCCUGGACUCAAGGGGUGAGGAAAAAAGCAGCAGUAACAACAACAACAAGAUAGUAAGAUAAACGAAGCGGAAGAAACAAUCAGAUAGAGUGUUUGAAAGUUAAUUCAGGAAUGGAAAUUCUAUCUUGCCAUUCGACAUCAUUUUGUUACGUUGAAAACGUUAGAGGGAAAGCCAUUGGCGGAUGUCUAAGUUCAAAUCAGGCAAAGUUUUCCAUACUGAAAGAAGAAAGAAUGUGUUAUGUUCUUUUUAAACUUUCUCGAGGAGCGCGUAGAUAUUCUGGUGCUGAUCAGUUUAGCAUAAAAACACCAAAUCGGAGCCAAAUUUGCUGCCCUAUCAAUGCAUUGAAGGAAUUUGACAAUUUUGAUUCAAGUGUCUUAAGUAAAAGUUAUAACUCUUAUGUAGUUGAUAGAAAAGAGAGUAGUCCAGACGUGACUGGUGCUGGCAGUUCAGUACCGAAGGUUAUCAUUCCUGGUUUGCCGGAUGAGAGUAAAGAUGAUUAUGUUGCUCCCAUUAGCAGUUGUUAUUGGGAAUGGAAGCCAAAAUUGAAUGUUCAUUAUGAGAAAUCAGGGUGCCAAAAUGUUAAUUCCCCGGCAAUGCUUUUUCUCCCUGGUUUUGGUGUUGGUUCAUUUCACUAUGAAAAGCAGCUAAAGGAUCUUGGUCGUGAUCACAGAAUAUGGGCAAUAGAUUUUCUCGGCCAGGGGAAGUCGUUACCAUAUGAAGAUCUGACCUCUCCGUCCAAGGAACAACCUGAUCCCGUUUGGGGCUUUGGAGAUGAAGCAGAACCUUGGGCUAAAGAACUUGUCUAUUCUAUCGACCUAUGGAAGGAGCAAGUGCACUAUUUCAUUGAAGAGGUUAUUAAAGAGCCAGUUUACAUUGUGGGGAAUUCUCUUGGUGGCUAUGUUGCCAUUUACUUCGCGGCAUGUUACCCUCAUUUGGUUAAAGGUGUAACUUUGCUGAACGCAACACCUUUUUGGGGAUUUUUUCCGAAUCCUGUUAGAUCCCCUCGAUUAUCUAAAGUAUUUCCUUGGGCUGGACAAUUUCCUCUUCCCACCUCUGUCAGAAAGGUCACAGAACUUGUAUGGCAGAAAAUUAGUGAUCCUGAAAGUAUUGCUAAGAUACUGAAACAAGUUUAUGCUGAUCACACAACAAAGGUUGAUAAUGUUUUUGCUCGGAUACUUGAGACGACAAAACAUCCUGCAGCAGCGGCAGCUUUUGCCUCAAUAAUGUUUGCUCCCCGAGGACAACUUUCUUUUGAAGAGGCUUUAUCUGGGUGUCAAAUGAACAAUGUGCCUGUGUGUCUCAUGUACGGGAAAGAAGACCCCUGGGUGAAGCCUAUUUGGGGUUUACAGGUGAAACGGCAACUGCCUGCAGCUCCAUAUUAUGAGAUUAGCCCUGCCGGUCAUUGUCCCCAUGAUGAAGUUCCAGAGGUCGUGAAUUUUCUGCUCCGUGGAUGGAUGAGGAGCCUAGAGUCCCAUGGCUCAGUUGCAUUGCUUCUGCUUGAAAGUCCAGAAAGUGUUGAAUGUGAUAUUGUCAGAGACUUGGAAUUCUUUUGUGAGGGGCCAAAAAGAUCAGCGCGGGUGCAGUUUUAUGGGUCAACGGUUCCCCAUUGGAAGAGGGUUAGUGCGUAUCUGAAAACUCAGUUUCAAAAUCGAGGGGCUUACUCUCGAUAAAUGAUCAGAAUUCAAGCAAUGUAGAUUGUCAUUUAGGUUAAGAAACUUCUGAGCAAUGUAAAUUGUUACAUAGGUUAACACAUGAUAUUUAUUCAUAUUAAGUUCUUUUAUUUGGCCUGUGAAUAGAUGUUCCCAGGGAAAUGGAUAUUUUGUAAUUGUAGUCCUAGAUCAAGAUUGUAGUAAAGCUGCAACGACCAUCUCGUUUACGGGGAAAUGUGUGAUUCUUUUUAUUUUUGGUUCUUGUAAAUGACACUAAUAAGGAUAAGUUGGAAGUUUCUAAGUAUUGGAUGCUA